AUGACACGCAUAAAUCGAGAAAUGGUCCAAUUUUUUUUUUUUUUGGAUCCUUCCGAUUCCGAUCUCUGUCCCUUACAUUGUUCUUGUCUGCCUUUGUUUUGA